UGAUACAAAAUUUAUUCAGUUUCGGGUUUUCUCGGGUCUGUUCGCGCAGGUGCUGUUUGACUCAUUGCACAAACGACCGUUACGCAUUCAGAACUGUUCCAUGUUUUGAACUGUUUGUGCGGAUGCAAAAAACAACACGAUGUCGAUCUCAGCACCGUCAACACCUCGCCAAAUCUACUCCACGCCGCGUCGACGUGCGCUCAUACCCCCAGCACAGACACCAGAAUGUUUCUCCAAGGUAACGCUAGAAACUCCUGUCGCAAUGCAUCGACGACAAUCUCGCGAUCGCGAGAAAUUCGACCAAGAGCGCAACCUUACCGUCGCCGUACGCGUGAGGCCCAUGAACGCACGCGAGCUCGCCUACGUUGGUACCACCGAUGUCGUCAAAGCAAACCGACAGGAAAUCGUCAUUCGGUCCAACCAAUGCGGCGGACAGAACAAUCUGGAUCAUAUCUUUCAAUAUGAUCAUGUUUUUUGGUCGUGCAAUGAAGAAAAUCCACAAUUCGCGAGUCAAACCGACGUGUUUGAAUGCAUGGGUAAGCCUUUAUUGGACAGCGCAUUCCGUGGUUACAAUGCUUGUCUCUUCGCAUAUGGCCAAACCGGCUCCGGUAAGAGUUUCAGCAUGAUGGGACCAAACUCACCUGAAGUUUUUGACAUUGACAUGAACGCUGGAAUCAUCCCACGAUUCUGCAAAGAGUUAUUCCGGCGAAUCACGGAACUACCCGAAGGCAGCACAUCUUCAGUCGAAGUCAGUUAUUAUGAAAUUUACAAUGAAAAGAUUCACGAUCUGCUCGCCUGUAAAAACAAGCAAAGAAUGGCGUUAAAAGUUCGAGAGCACCCUGAUUGGGGGCCGUAUAUUGUUGAUCUCAGUGUGCACACGGUGACAAGUUAUAAAGAAUUGAGAAGUUGGCUGGUUGUUGGUAAUAACAACAGAGCAACAGCCGCAACCGCCAUGAAUGAGAAAUCAUCAAGAUCCCAUAGUAUAUUCUCCAUUGAAAUAACAAUGGCGGACGGCACAUCCGAAUUAGAUUCUUCUAGAAGGAGUAAGAUUAGUUUGGUUGAUCUAGCAGGCAGUGAGCGUAUUUCAAACGCGAUGAACAACGACGAGAGGAUUCGCCAGGGUGUUAGUAUUAAUAAAAGUCUACUUACGCUUGGAAAAGUGAUCGCUGCGUUGGCAGAGAGUAAAAAACAGCAUCAACAUGUACCGUAUAGGGACUCAGUGUUAACAUGGUUGCUCAGGGAAAGUUUAGGAGGAAAUUCGCUGACAUCUAUGCUGGCAACAAUCACACCGUCAUCGAGCAACAUCGAAGAAACCUUGGCAACCCUCCGCUACGCCUGUCAGGCUCGUUCAAUCGUGAAUCGCGCGAGAAUCAACGAAAGUCUCCACGAUAAACUAAUCCGCGAGCUGCGUGCUGAGGUCGAACGUCUACGAGCACUCAAACAAGAUUACGAGAGGAAUUCAUUCACGAAUUCAAUGAUUAAUUUAAGUAACAAUUCCGAGUACGAGGCGGAACUUGACGAGUUGCGCAAUAAACUCAACGAAACCGAAGGCAAGCUGGACAUGGCCGAGAAAAGCUGGCAGCAAAGAUACAAUGAAACACGUGAAAAGCAACUGCGGGAAUUAGCCGAGGCGGAAAAACGCAAAGAAGAGCUCGAAUCACAUUUGCGUGUGAUGAAAAUCGAUACACAAGUCUCGCUGUCGCCGUACCAAUCGAAUUUCUUAAAGGAAUUGGAAGGUAUUGUCAAUGCAGGCGUACCAACCAAACAAGAGGAGAAAAAGAUGACGCACGUUGAGGUAACUUCAGCGAUAAGUAACAUUUUUGAUAAUAUGAAUUUACUGCGUCCCACUGUGGACGAACUAGACGAUAACGUGAAGCUCUUGUUUGCCAGGAUCAAUAAGCUGUUGCAAUCAUUCGAGACGAGUCUGAAAAACACUUUGAAUGAUCCUGGCAGCAAGAAAACCGUCACGUUUAAAUUAUAGUCGAUAAAUUGGUACUAAUGUACCAAUAGUAAGAGAGUAAUUUGUUGAUUUUUGUUAUUUAUUAAACAUUGUACAAUAUUAUCAA